AUAUAAACAACGUUUAUAUACAAACAUUAAUAAUUAUCAGUAAGUUUCAUUUUGCUCGUCGAUCCGCAAUCAAUUAUAAAUCAUGAAGUUACUGGUGUUAUUGGUUGUUCUUGCUUAUUCUGCUACGGCAAGAAUUAUUGACGAAAACUGUGAUGGAAUUAUUGUUCAUAAUAUUAACCAUAUCAAAGAAGUAUUAAAAGAAAACAUAGACAGUCCCUAUCAAUUAGCCAUCGAUUAUGACACAAAUAUGCUAUUUUUUAGCUAUUCCAGUUACGAUAAUGUUUCAAAGUUCAUUUCAGCAUAUAUUAAUUUAAAAACCAAUGAAUUCCAAAUAAUUAAUGGUAUUAAUGGCGGCUUUGCUAAUGGAGUUGAUGGUCGGAGUAACACGGUGUACAUAGGAGGAAACGAUGGAAUAUAUAAAUUUGAUUUUGAAAGCAAGAGAGCGCAACAUAUUGAUGGAACUACUCAUAAUAUAUGGCAAAUGUUCUUUAAAAAUGAUUUAUAUUAUACAAAUUAUCCACAAGAAAAUGUUUAUGUAUACAAAGAUGGCGAGUCCGAAAGGGUUCCCGAACUACUUGAAACAAAAGCUAUGCUAGUUGCUAUUGACAACAAUGACAAUAUAUAUUAUUCUAAUUCAUCGGGCCUCUUUGUCCAUAAGAAGGCGAAGAAUUAUGUAUCUUACUUGGGCGAUUACAAUCUAAACGGUAUAACAAGUGACAUUUCGGGUAAUUUAUUCUUCUCUACGCCCGAUGGUAUAUACUCUAUCGAUGAUAAAAGUAAAAGGAUAGAAAAACUAGCUACAAUAACAAAUAUUUACGGAGUGGCCGUGGAAAGCGACGGAAAUAUAAUAUACGCGUCGCAAGACAGUAUCGUGAGACUGAAACCAACCAAAACGCACUGCUUUGUCAAUGAAAAAUCCGGAGAAGCGUUUUAAAUUACAUAUUUAAUGGAAUUGACAGCGUGCAUUUAUGUAUUAAGGUAUCUGCAUCAUGGUUUACGACAUUACUGUAUACUCAAGUCAUUUGUUUCAUCUGAUAUUAAUAUUAUAUUAUUUAAAAACUUUUAAAUAGGGUUUUAUGAAAUAAAAUACUUUAGCAACGAUUAAUUUACGAAAUAUUUAUUUUCUUAAGACUUUCGGACUAUUCUCCAAUGCUUUGUUCAGUUUUAUCGUUUUAUUUCUCUUUAUACAAUUAUGCUAUUUACGUUGCUGGUAAAUUAAAAUGUUAGCAAGUAAUUUUAUUUGUUGUAACUAAAUAAUAUAUAUAAAUAGUAUAAGAGAUUAUGUGUUAUAGCGCCAUCUAGUGGCGUGAGUGAGUGAACAAUAGUGAUUGUACAAAAAAAUAAAAUCAAUUAAAAAAUGUAUAUAAGUACCAACUUACACGAUAUAAUCGCUCAAACGGUGUUGAUUUAAAAGUCUAUUAAUCUCAAGCAGAUCCUUUAAUUAUAAAUAGCUCUAAUAUUUUUACAUAAAUUAUUUAAAAUUGAAAUUACAUUAAAUUGAUAUGAACUAUUCUAUGCAUCUUUUAAAGUAGAUUGUUAAUAAACAUAAUCUCACAAUAAUAUUAUUUAAUACUUAUAAAACUUUAAUAAUUAUAUUCGCAUUAUUUAUAAUAAAGAUGUUGUGUUGUAUCUACAUGACGUAUUAUAGAUAAAGAAUACAUUGAAAUGUUAGCAAAAUAUUGCUUUUAUUUUUUAUCUCAUUUUGUUAUUAGCUUGCAAAGCUGGUUUACUGGAUAUUACUAAACAAAGAAAUUCCUAAGGGGAAUCGCGAUGCUUCUGUUGAGAGCUUAUAUUCCUUAUAAUCACGUAGUGACAUUAUACUAUAGAACUCGAGCUGUAAGUUUAUGAGCGUUAAAACUUCACCUUUUAUAAAUGAAGUUAACUUAAGCUACACUCCAUUAUUAUAUUAUAUUUAUUACAACUGGUCUAAUUGAAAUACAAUACAUCUGUUGGAAAGAA